UGGAGUCAUGGACCGAUGCACUAACUGCAAUCGGCCUUUUAUAUCUGUAAGAACCGAACGGAUCAUAACUGUAAUAACCCGAAUCGCCUGAAAACUGAAAUCAUAGCGGGUAUUGCAAGUAACGAACUAAACUAUUAAAAAGACACACACACACACACAAAAAAAAAAAAAAAAAGUACAAUCAGUUACAGUUCGACUCUACGAAAGAACAGAACAGCUGAUAUGAGGUUUUAAUUUGAUGUGGUAAGUUGGGAAUUUAUCAUGGCUGGAUUGGAGGAAUUAAGAAAGAAGCUCACGCCGUUAUUUGAUGCUGAGAAGGGCUUCUCUGCUGGGUCAACCUUGGACCCAAGUGAUUCUUAUAUGUUGUCAGGUGGUGGAACUGUUAACUUAUUGAGCAGAUCAUAUGGAGUUUACAACAUAAAUGAGCUGGGAUUGCAAAAAUGCAGUUCUUCACCAGUAGAUGAAACAGAUCAUAGUGAGAAAACUUAUCGAUGUGCCUCUCAUGAGAUGAGAAUUUUUGGGGCAAUAGGUAGCGGUGCUAGCAGUGUUGUUCAGAGAGCUAUUCAUAUUCCUACACAUAGAAUUAUUGCUCUGAAGAAAAUUAAUAUUUUUGAAAAGGAGAAAAGACAGCAGCUCCUUACUGAGAUUCGGACGCUCUGUGAGGCACCUUGUAAUGAAGGUCUUGUGGAAUUUCAUGGAGCAUUUUAUACUCCUGAUUCUGGCCAAAUAAGCAUAGCUUUAGAAUACAUGAAUGGAGGGUCAUUGGCAGAUAUUUUACGAGUGCAGAAAAGGAUACCAGAACCAGUGCUUUCACAUAUGUUUCAAAAGCUUCUGCAUGGACUAGGCUACUUGCACGGAGUUAGAUAUCUAGUUCACAGAGACAUUAAACCAGCAAAUAUGCUUGUAAAUCUCAAGGGGGAGCCUAAAAUAACAGAUUUUGGCAUAAGUGCUGGCCUGGAGAAUUCAGUGGCAAUGUGUGCUACUUUUGUCGGGACUGUAACAUACAUGUCACCUGAGCGAAUUCGAAAUGAGAGUUAUUCUUAUCCAGCUGAUAUUUGGAGCCUUGGUCUCGCUCUCUUUGAGUGUGGCACAGGCGAGUUUCCAUACGCAGCUAAUGACGGACCUGUCAACCUUAUGUUACAGAUCUUGGAAGAUCCAUCACCAUCACCAUCCAAACAAAUUUUUUCUCCAGAGUUCUGCUCUUUCGUUGAUGCUUGCCUGCAGAAGGAUCCAGAUGCUAGGCCAACAGCAGACCAGCUUCUUUCACACCCAUUUAUUUCCAAGUAUGUGCACACAAGUGUAGACCUGGCAGCAUUUGUCCGAAAUGUUUUUGAUCCAAUGCAAAGAUUGAAGGAUUUGGCAGAUAUGCUGACAAUGCACUAUUACUUACUGUUUGAUGGACCGGAUGAGCUUUGGCAGCACACAAAGACACUAUACAAGGAAGGCUCAACUUUUAGUUUCUCUGGGAAACAAUCUGUUGGUCCUAAAGAUAUCUUUGCAAACUUGUCAAACAUUCGGAGUACAUUAGCUGGUGAUUGGCCCCCUGAAAGACUUGUUCAUGUUGUGGAAAAACUACAAUGCCGUGCUCAUGGUCAAGAUGGAGUUGCAAUCCGUGUGUCUGGAUCAUUUAUCAUCGGAAAUCAGUUCCUAAUAUGUGGGGACGGUUUACAAGUAGAAGGAUUGCCAAAUAUUCGAGAUCUUUCAAUUGAUAUUCCCAGCAAACGAAUGGGCACAUUUCAGGAACAGUUCAUCAUGGAACCAGGAACCGUCGUUGGAUGCUACAUCAUAGCUAAACAAGAUCUUUAUAUCAUACAGUAGAAUAACUAACUAUAAGAUUCAUCUCCUCCGAGAUAUUUAACUAUUUCUACUGCAAGAGAUCUGAGAAUGUCUGUUUCGGAUUAGCACACUUGUUGACAAUUCAGUAUUUAAUACCAAGAAAUUGCAGUAUUGCCAUGUGAUUAGUGUUGCUGUGAAGUGCAACAAUACCAUGUUAGGCAAGGUAGUUAUCAUCUUUGGCUAAACUUCAAAAUAACAUGUGUGUUAAUAAUUGUAUAGUAUCUCACUCUGUAAGUCUUCCAGUUCCCAGCCAGGUAGGUGGUCAUACCCCAUAACCAUUUGGCUUUUUUGCUACAAUCUGAUGUAUCUGGCCUUUAAAGGUUUUGAAUGAAGAUUAUUCUGACCUUUUGAUAAAAAAAAUAUUUUAAAAAAAAGUUCACAAUCA